GAGACGAACGCCGGACCUCGUCACGAGCAUGCGCAACAUCGUCCUCGAGUUUGCGGACUACGUCAAAUUGAUCUGCCGGUUGGCCACGGGUCACGGGAAGUGUUCCACCUUCUCCGCGGAUCAGCUCCGUUGCGCACGCACUGCCAUCGCGACGGCGGUCGGACUCCCGCGUGACCGGGCCGAACAUGUCGUGCCGCACCAACCGUUCCACCUCGAGCUCUCGGGCGCCUUCCUGCGCUUCGUCGGCGACCCUGAUUGGAGGCAGGCUACGUCCAACCACAUGUCCUUCGCAAGUGGCGCCCCGAUUGGCGUGGGACUCAAGAUGUCACGGGUACCAGCCGCAUUCGAACGUAAGCUCACUUGGCGCACCCUCGACGAGAGCCACUACACCACCGACCAGGGGAACUACAGCUCGGCAUCUGCUGUUCUUGACGAGCUCGAGGCGCAGUUCGCCGACGAGGAGAAGCUGGGCAUGAUGUUCAAGGUACGCAUGCCGGGUCCGGGCGAGAUGAAGACGGUCAUGAGGAAGGCACUCAGUACCCCGAUCGCUUGGAAGAAUGUCAAGGGUGGCUCCUGCACAGAAUGGCUCGGAUACUGGAUCGACUACUCGCGAUUCGAGUUGGGUAUCUCUGAGUCCCGGGCGCGGUGGAUUUUAGGUUGGCUUUCGCGCGCGGUCGAGAAUGGCGGCAGCCUCAUUCGCGAGCUCCGUGAAGCGCUGGGGCGUCUUGGAUUUGCGGCCCGCGUCCUUGAGUGGCAUCGUCCGUUUCUCGCCCCGCUCUACGCCUGGGUCAAGGCUGCACCGGCCUCGGCGCAUCUGCAGCAUCAGCCGGCCGUGCACCUAGCGGUUGCCCGCUUGAAGAACAGGUUCGCGAACGGUUGCCGCGCGGUGUCACGCAAGCCCUUGCAGGGGAGCUCGUCUGUCGCCUAUUUCGCCGACGCGAGCGCGCAGGACGGCAAGGUCAUCGUCGGCGGCUGGGAGGCCAAGAAAAGCCUAGCGCCGUCGCAGUGCCGAUGGUUUUCCAUCGUGAUCUCGUCCAGCGACGCACCAUGGUUGUUUCCAGGUGGACGGCCUUCCCGGACCAUCGCGUCGUCCGAACUCUUGGCGACCCUGGCUUGCCUCGCGCUCUUCGCCAGGGAUGUCCCCCAAGGAGCCCGCGGCAACAUCAGCGUGACCAGCGCCUGCGCGGACAACCGCAGCAAUGCUUAUGCUGCAGCGAAGCUGCUCUCGACGAAGUUCCCAUUGAAUUGCAUGGUCACGGAGCUUGCGACCCAGAUGGAGCUUCGUGGAUUGUGGCUGGAUUUAGCGUGGACCCCGAGGGGGCAGAACACGGGGGCCGACAAGCUCACGAGCAACGAUCUGGCUGACUACGCCGACUUCGACACCCG